CCGCUUGUUUAAUCGAAUGCCUGUACUUAUAUACAACUCAAUAAAUGUGAACUAGUCACGUGGUCGAGCCUCGUUUCAGCCUUUCCGCCAUUAAACUUUAACAUAAAGCGUGUUAACGUUUCGUGUCUCAAAGAAGACUUAAAAAAUGCGUUACGUAGCCGCCUACCUACUUGCUACCCUCGGGGGUAAAGACAAUCCAACAUCUGCAGAUAUUGAAAAGAUUCUGGGUAGUGUGGGUAUUGAAAGUGAAGCUGACAAACUUAAAAAAGUUGUUGAUGAAUUAAAAGGGAAAAAACUUGAAGAUCUAAUUGCUGAAGGACAAAAGAAGCUUGCCUCUGUUCCAUCAGGUGGUGGUGGUGCUGCACCCGCUGCUGGAACAGCUGCACCAGAAGCCGCUAAAGAAGAAAAAGCUGCCAAGAAACCAGAGCCAGAAUCUGAAUCUGAUGAAGACAUGGGUUUCGGUCUCUUUGACUAAUGUGUGAAAUAAUUUUAUCUCUGUAUAGAUAAUAUAUUUUAUACACCCAUUAA